UUAAUAUAAGAAAGUUCUCUCUUUUUUUGACUUGAAAAACAAACAGAAAUGCUCUCUCAACUAUCUAAAGUUGUAAAAUGUGGAAUAUCUUCAACAUCAAGAAAUGCCAUUCAAAAUGUGACCAUAGUAGGGGGAGGUCAAAUGGGUUCAGGAAUUGCUCAAGUUGCUGCUACUACUGGUCACCAAGUCGUAGUAGUGGACCUUGAUGAGAAAGUAUUACAAAAAUGCACCAGCACCAUUGAAUCAAGUUUACAACGUGUAGCAAAGAAGAAGUUUUCUGAUGAUGCUAGUGGAGGUCAAUCGUAUGUGUCAGAUGCCAUGAGCAGAAUAACUACGUGUCAGGAUCCAAUUUCUGCAUCAGGAAAUGCUGAUCUCAUUGUUGAAGCAAUUGUUGAAAAUCUUGAAAUUAAGCAAAAGUUAUUUAAAAGCCUUGAUGCUGCUGCUCCAGCACACACAAUAUUUGCCUCCAAUACCUCAUCUUUACAGAUACGAGAUAUAGCGGUUGCAACAAAUCGGCAAGAUAAAUUUGGGGGAGUUCAUUUCUUUAAUCCAGUCCCAAUGAUGAAGUUGGUGGAGAUCGUAAAAGCCCCGGAGACGAGUGACGAUACUUUUGAGAAACUUUUGGGCUGGGGAAAAGCACUUGGUAAAACAACCGUAUCAUGCAAAGACACCCCGGGUUUUAUUGUCAAUAGGUUGUUGGUUCCAUAUUUAAUGGAAGCGGUUCGUUUGUAUGAACGUGGUGAAGGUAGCAAGGAAGAUAUUGACGUUGCUAUGAAACUUGGUGCAGGGCAUCCAAUGGGGCCGUUUCAGCUUUUAGAUUAUGUUGGUUUGGACACUUCAAAGUUUAUUAUGGAUGGUUGGUCUGAAAUCUAUCCAAACAAUCCUUUGUUUCAACCAAGUCCACUGCUAAAUAAACUGGUAGAAGAGGGAAAACUAGGAAAUAAAACUGGGGAAGGGUUUUAUAGUUAUAAAAAAUAAACACGAGCUUUAGUAAUUAAUGAGUUUAGCCAAUUAUUAAUUCUUUUUUUUUUUUUAGUGAUUGACAGUCACGUCUAUGAUUCCGCAUUCCUUGUUACUGCAAAUGCGAUGGUGCUGUAUACUGUUUUGCUUGGUAAUGCUAUGGUUUGAUUAAAAAAUGAAAUAAAUGCAAUUAGAAAACGAA